CUGAAGAAGAAAAUGAGAAAAAACACCUCUAUGACUGAGUUUGUCAUACUGGGCUUCUCUGAUCAUCCAGACAUGAAUCCUGUUUUAUUCUUGGUAUUUCUAUGUAUCUACAUCAUCACAGUGCUGGGCAACAUCGUCAUCAUUAUCAUCAUAAGUGUGGAUCCUGUUCUUCACAUUCCUAUGUAUUUCUUCCUCAGGACCUUGUCUUUCCUGGAGAUCUGUUACACAUCAGUCACUCUACCCAAGAUACUGGCCAACCUGGUCUCAGAGAGUAAAACCAUGCCCUUUGCCAGCUGUGCUAUACAGAUGUAUUUCUUUCUAUUCUUCGGUGUUACUGAAUGCUUCCUGCUUGCUUCUAUGGCAUAUGAUCGCUACAGUGCUAUAUGCAACCCACUACAUUACACUGCCAUCAUGAAUAAGAGGGUUUGCAUCCAGCUGACAGGUGGCUCAUAUAUCUGUGGCACCUUGGCAGCCAUGGGGCACACAACUUUUGUCUUCACACUUCCUUUUUGUGGAUCCAAUGUAAUCAAUCACUUCUUUUGUGAGAUCCAGCCGGUGUUGAAGCUGGUGUGCGGGGACACCUCUUGGAUCGAGAUCCUGAUAAUUUUGGGUGCUGCCUUCGUCCUCAUGAUGCCUUUCAUGCUGAUCCUGGUGUCCUACAUCUGUAUCAUCUCCACCAUCCUUAAAAUUAGGUCCACUGAAGGCAGGCGCAGAGCCUUCUCCACCUGCUCCUCACACCUCAUUGUGGUGACAAUGUUCUAUGGGACAGCCCUUAUCAUGUACGUACGCCCCAAGUCCAGCUUCUCUCCAGAUGUGAACAAGUUACUCUCUCUGUUCUACUCAGUGGUGACUCCGAUCUUGAACCCCAUUAUCUACAGCCUCAGGAACAAGGAGAUGAAAGGUGCUUUGAGGAAAACAGGGAUGAAGAUAUUUCAUCCAGAAAAAUAG